UUACGAGAAGGGGACAGGAAAGAAUCCCCACAUAUGAUGCAGGCAACUCGCUCCCUGCUUGAUUUCUCUUACAAGGCACAGUUUCCAGUCCAUUCAGACAUCACUUUGGAGUCAAUGCUCCAUGAUCUGAAGAAUGGUGCCCACUGUAAUGGGAAGGGCAUACCGAUUAGCCAUUUCCGAAUCCCCAAGCACCAGAACCUCUGUCACUUCAUGGAUGAUAUUCACGAUCACGGAACACUGGACAACGGUUCAUCAGAGAUAACUGAGGCAUUGCAUAUCCCCACUUGCAAAGUCACUUACCAUGCGACAAAUCGAAGAGGAUUCACCACCCAAAUUCUCAAUCAGCUUCAACGUAUUGAUUCCCUC